AUGUCAGAAAAUGAUUUUGGCGCAAUGGAAUCAGCCAGUACUAUAAUAGAAGCAGUUCAGAACCAAAAUGUGCAUGAACUCUCUAUGUUGGUAGAUAAAGGUGAAUAUGACUUGAAUAAGAGGGACAAAAUGGGAAGAACUGUGUUAUUCUUUGCUGCCUGUCGAGGAAAUUCGGAAAUUACUAAGACACUGUUAGAAAACGGAGCUGAUGCAACAAUUGUAGAUAGGAAUGGAAAUACUCCUCUGCAUUGGAGUGGUCAUUGUGAGAUUAUUGACCUUCUUAUGAUUUAUGGUGGCGAUGUCUUUGCAAG